GGAAAGAACGUUGAGCGGGAGGUUUAAAUACCGACGCUGCGGCUUCCCCAGGACGGACAGCCUGGGCGCAUGCGCACAACUCGCGGGCUCCGCCUCAGAGUGCCUUCCUCGCAUGCGCGGGACCCCGGACGCAGAUCAGCCAUUCCACAGAUUUUGAAGUGCACCGCAACUGGCUUGCCAUCACUCACAGUUUGCCAGUAUCACAAUGGUAUUAUGAGGCAACUUCAGAGUGGACCUUGGAUUACCCCCCCUUUUUUGCAUGGUUUGAGUGGGCCCUGUCACAUGUUGCCAAGUAUUUUGAUGAGGAGAUGCUGAAUGUCCAUAACGUGAAUUACUCCAGCACAAGGACCUUACUUUUCCAGAGGUUUUCUGUCAUCUUUACAGAUGCACUCUUUGUGUAUGCUGUCCACGAGUGCUGUAAAUGCAUUGAUGGAAAAAAAGCAGGUAAAGAACUUACAGAGAAGCCAAAGUUUAUUCUGUCAGUAUUACUGCUGUGGAACUUCGGGUUGUUAAUUGUGGACCAUAUUCAUUUCCAGUACAAUGGUUUUUUAUUUGGAUUAAUGCUACUCUCCAUUGCACGAUUAUUUCAGAAAAGGCAUAUGGAAGGAGCAUUUCUCUUUGCUGUUCUUCUACAUUUCAAGCAUAUCUACCUCUACAUAGCACCAGCUUAUGGUAUAUAUCUGCUGCGGUCUUACUGUUUCACUGCAAAUAAACCAGAUGGAUCCAUCCGAUGGAACAGUUUCAGCUUUGUCCGUCUCAUUUCUCUGGGACUGGUUGUUUUUCUAGUUUCUGCUCUUUCAUUGGGUCCUUUCCUAGCCUUGCAGAAUCAACUGCCUCAAGUCUUUUCCCGACUCUUCCCUUUCAAGAGAGGCCUCUGCCAUGCAUAUUGGGCUCCAAACUUCUGGGCCUUAUACAAUGCUUUGGACAAAGUGCUGUGCGUCAUCGGUUCAGAAUUGAAACUUCUUGAUCCCAACAAGAUUGCCAAGGCCUCAAUGACAAGUGGUCUGGUUCAGCAGUUCCAACACACAGUCCUCCCCUCGGUGACUCCUUUGGCCACCCUCCUCUGUUCUCUGGUUGCCAUAUUGCCCUCUAUUUUCUGUCUUUGGUUUAAACCCCAAGGGCCCAGAGGCUUUCUCCAAUGUCUAAUUCUUUGUGCCUUGAGCUCAUUCAUAUUUGGGUGGCAUGUCCACGAAAAAGCCAUACUCCUGGCAGUUCUCCCAAUGAGCCUUUUGUCUGUGGGAAAAGCAGGAGAUGCUUCGGUUUUUCUGAUUCUGGCCACAACAGGACAUUAUUCCCUUUUCCCUCUGCUCUUCACUGCUCCAGAACUUCCCAUUAAAAUCUUACUCAUGUUACUGUUUACCAUCUAUAGUAUUUCUUCACUGAAGACUCUAUUCAGAAAAGAUAAACCUCUUUUUAAUUGGAUGGAAACUUUCUACCUCCUUGGCCUGGGGCCUCUGGAAGUCUUCUGUGAAUUUGUAUUCCCUUUCACCUCCUGGAAGCUGAAGUACCCCUUUAUCCCUUUGUUACUAACCUCGGUGUAUUGUGCAGUAGGCGUCACAUAUUCCUGGUUCAAACUGUACGUUUCAGUACUGACUGACCCUCCUGUCGGCAAGACAAAGAAACAAUAAAGAAAGGAUCUGUUGGAUGUAUUCUAAGCAGUUAUAUCAUGGCAAGUUAAUCAGAUUGAAGAAAGUUGCUGGUGGCUCAAACCAUUCAUUUCAGUAGAUCUGUUUGGAGGACCAUUCUUCUAAACUCGGCCUUGCCAAGCCUAGCAACCUGAUUGUCACCAUGGUGAGAAGCCACUUGUCCUCAUAGACAGUGAAACACAUCUGAAACAAAUCCUACCUCUUCCUGUUAAAAUUGUCUGAGAUCGGGACUCUCUCCCUUCUGGCAUGAGCUGGGAGCUCUGUCCUGUCACUUUAUCUCUAAAUAAAAGCCUGUACCUUGCUCUCCUAAAAAAGAAAAAAAAUUGUCUGAGAUGAUCAGACUGCUGGGCUUGUACAAGGCAAGCAGGGCAUCUGAUCGAUAGCAUCAUUAUUUGUAGUCUGUGAUAACCACUACCCUGCUGUAAAGCGUAUUUAGAAUCGUGUGCUAAGAAAGAUGUAAAUAAAAUACGAUUUUGUAUUUCUGCACA